AUGACCUAUGUGGCGAUCGCCGUGCUGGUGCUGCUGAUCGCGCUGUUGUUCAGCCGCACCCGGCUGCCGGCGAUCCGCGAAGAGGAAAAACCGGUGCACGGCGUGAUAGCGCAGGGAUUGUGGCAGCUCCGCAUUCGUCGGCGGGGUUAUCACGCAGUUCUUUUACGUGGCGGCGCAGGUGGGCGUAGGGGCGUUUUUCAUCAACUAUGCCACGAACACUGGCGCGAGGUGUCUAACCAGAGCGCCUCUUACCUGCUGUCGAUCGCCAUGAUCUGCUUUAUGGUCGGGCGCUUCUUCAGCACCUGGUUGAUGGGGCGGAGUGAAACCGGCGACGCUGUUGGCGGCCUAUGCGGAUCACAUCGCGCUGUGCGGCGUGUGAUGCUGAGCAUCGACGGCGUGUCGGUGGUGGCGCUGAUCGCGGUGUUCUUCUUUAUGUCGAUCAUGUUCCCGACCAUUUUCGCCCUGGGGGUGAAAAACCUGGGUAAACACACCAAGCGCGCCAGCUCCUUUAUGAUCAUGGCGAUCGUCGGCGGCGCCAUCAUGCCGUACUUUAUGGGGGCGCUGGCCGAUCGUUACAGCACCGCGCUCUCUUAUCUGCUGCCGCUGCUGUGCUUCGCAGUGGUGCUGGUUUACGGCCUGCGGCAGCGCCGCGCCUGA